GCUGUAUCGCGUUCAGACAGAUUGUUGUUCAACUGGAGCUCGAUGAGAAAUUACAGCUUGUUUUUAACCAACUGUCGCAGACGAUUUUUCGCUGGACCAAAGCUCCUUUUUUAAAAUUUAAAAUGUAAUUGCAUUCGCCCGACUAAUUAUUAUUUGAGGAGGAAGGUGACGGUGCUUGUGGCUCCAUUCAUCUCAUUCCGCCGGGUAUCUUUCUACAAGACGUGAGCCACUGUCGAUCACUCAAGGUCAACCGUGGUGCUUCCUAGAGGGACCAUACUGUGGAUGACUCAAGUGACUGUGCAGCGUGGCUGUGGCUCUAGCCGCCGGGCCGAUGUUAGGAGGAGAGGGGGGCGACACAGCGGAGUAGGGUCGUUCAGGAGAUGCCGCUUCUUGAACACUGUGUUGUAGUUGAGGGGAAAGAAGAGUAUACCUACCUCUCUGACUCGACACUUGGACAAGGGAAUCAACCCUUCUGCUCAACCAGCAGUGGCACAUAUAUGGAUGGUGGGGUCGCAGUAUGCCCACCCCCUCAUCUACUACAACAAAACAGAUUGGAGGUUGCAUCGGUGCAGGAGAGGGGCCCAUGUUUGCCAGCUCUAACUCUUCUCUUAGCUCCUCUUUCCGUUUUCUCCCAGCUUUCUUUCUGGGUGUGGUGGCAGCAGUAGUGUUCCAGCUGUCAUGGGGAGGCCUGUCCCUUACAUCUUUCUUCUUGAAGCUCUUCAUCUAUGUGUCAUUCGCCCUACUGUGUUUCCUGGCUGGGAGCUUUGUUCUGCUUGUGAGGAAAAGUCCUCUGAAAGUCAGCUGCUUUGACAGACACAAUAGGCAUUCAGUCCAACAGCUGGAAUUCUUCAACAAGCUCAUGACUCGAUUUUUGGCCUCAGUACAAGAAUCGAGCCAGAGUCGGAGGGUGGUGGUGUCACACAAUUUGGACAAAGCCCUAAAAGAAGUGUUGGACUAUGCCUACAGAGACUACAUUCUGUCCUGGUACAUUCCUUUGAGUCGCGAUGAGGGCCAAUUGUACUCCAUGCUGUCAGAGGACUGGUGGCAGAUGAUUGGGCAGUUGAGAUGUCGACUUGCUGAUAUAGAUCUUGUUAACGUGGUGUGUUAUGACACCAUCCGAAUUUUACAUGCACACUUCACUGGCCUCAAAGCUGCAUCUGCAAGACUGGAUGAGGGAGCUCGGCCGUUUCCUCUCCAUCCAUGUUUGGUUAGUCCAGAGUCAGAGCUGGCCUUCCUCCGCUGUGUUGCCAGAAUACUGCUGCUAUGUCUGCUGCCGCAAAAGGAUGCAAAGUCUCACACGCUACGUUCCUGCCUCACAGAAGUCAUCACUACUAAAGUGUUGAAGCCUUUGGUGGAAGUUCUUAGCGACCCUGACUCCAUAAACAGAAUGCUGCUGUCUCAAAUGGAGCAGCGGGAGCAGCAGGCUGAGCAGCAGAAGAAAGCUUACACCUACGCUGCCUCUUAUGAGGACUUCAUCAAACUGAUAUCAACUUCCACAGAUGUCAUUUUCCUCAAACAACUCAGGUAUCAGAUAGUGGUAGAAAUUAUUCAUGCCACUACCAUAAGCAGCCUGCCUCAGCUCAAAAAACAGAAAGAGCGUAAAGGCAAAGAAUCAGCAGCCAUGAAGGCAGACCUGCUAAGGGCCAGGGAUAUGAAACGAUAUAUCAAUCAGCUGACUGUUGCUAAGAAACAAUGUGAGAAACGUAUCCGUCUGCUUGGUGGACCAAACUAUGAGAGUAAUGAAGAUGGAGGAACUGAUGACACGGAUGAGCCUCUAAGUCAGAGGAUUCUCUUGUUUGAUGACAUCAUAUGCAAUCCAGGUUACAGGGAACAUUUCAGAGAUUACAUGGAGAGAGUUGAUAAGAGAGCUCUGAUAAGCUUCUGGGAAUUGGUGGAAACACUGAAAACUGCCAACAAGAAUGAGGUGCCCCAAAUUGUUGGGGAAAUCUACCAGAAGUUCUUUGUCGAAAGCAGAGAGAUUCCAGUGGAGAGGUUUUUGUUGAAAGAGAUCCAACAAAGUUUAGUGGGAAACAGAGGAACUCAAGUCUUCGUGAGAUUACAGGAACAGGUGGCUGAGACUAUGAGGGAGCGUUACUACCCUUCCUUCCUGGUUUCGGAUCUCUAUGAAAGGCUUAUCAGACGAGAAGAGCAGCACAGCCAAUCACAUUGUAGUCCUGAGGAGAAGGAAGAAGGGUGUCGGGGUCUAGAUGCUGGAGAUGAGGUGUGUGACGAGGGCAGUAAAGGAAUCAAUGAACAGGCUAGCUACGCUGCAACUAAACUUCGCCAGCUGUAUGACAAAUUGGAGUACAAGAGACAAGCCCUGGGAUCGAUUCAGAAUGCACCCAAACCAGAUAAAAGGAUUGUGAGCAAACUAAAAGAAGAAAUAGGAGCCAUGGAGAGAGAGCACAGUGAACUUCAGCAACAUAUCAUUAGGACUGACUGGUGGUGUGAAAACCUGGGUCACUGGAGGGCUACCAUUACUACUGCUGAAGCUACAGAGGAAGGCGGGGAGACUGUAGCUUGUUACAGUGUGUGUGUCAACCUGUUGGAAGGUGAGGAGACCAUUAACAGUCGCUGGAGCGUCCAAAGAAAACUAACUGAAUUCCAUAUGUUGCACCGCAAACUGACUGAGUGUUUUCCAUCAUUGAAGAAAUUCCAGUUACCAUCCCUCAGCAAACUGCCUUUCAAAUCCAUUGACCAAAGGUUCUUGGACAAGAGUAAAACCCAGCUUAAUACCUUUCUACAGCGUCUGCUGACAGAUGAGCGAUUGUGUCAGUCAGAGGCUCUCUACGCGUUCCUCAGCCCGUCUCCAGAACACCUAAAGGUGAUGUCCAUUCAGAAGAAGUCUUCUUUCUCUCUGGCCUCCUUCUUGGAGAAACUUCCUGGGGAUUUCUUUUCUCAUACUGAGGAGGAGGCAGACGACGACAGCGACUUGUCAGAUUACGGUGAUGAGACAGACGGGAGGAGAGACGCCCUAGCUGAACCUUGCUUUAUGCUCAUUGGCGAGAUAUUUGAACUCCGAGGAAUGUUUAAAUGGGUGAGGAAAACUCUUAUUGCACUAGUCCAGGUGACAUUUGGACGAACUAUCAACAAACAGAUCAGGGACACUGUGAACUGGAUCUUCUCUGAACAAAUGUUGGUCUGUUACAUCAAUGUCUUCAAGGACACUUUCUGGCCCAACGGAAUUCUGGCACCACAUGUCAAUGUCCGAACUGAUGCUGAACGCACUGAAACCAAGGAACGAGCUCAACAAAAACUACUUGACAAUAUUCCAGAUGCAUUAGCAAACCUAGUGGGCCAACAGAAUGCCCGUUAUGGCGUCAUUAAGGUUUUCAAUGCCCUGCAGGAAGCUAGUGCCAACAAACAUCUUCUCUAUGUUCUGAUGGAAAUGUUACUUAAGGAAGUGUGUCCUGAACUCAGAGUAGAAGUUGACAGCAUAUGAACUUGUUGCAGAAAGUACUGCCAAUGAUGGGGAUGAAAGGAUACCCAGAGUUGGAAAAAAAACAAACAGUUUGGAUAUUGUUUCGGUGACAGCUUUCAAGCAUUCACAGUUUAUUCAUCUGUUUGUUUUCUCGUCUAUCAUAAUGGCAACUUUAAGAUGCUUUCUACUGUUGCCUGGGAGGAGGAUGUUGUGAUCCUUUGGCAACAUGAAUGAGGUCAAUGUUAGAGUCCACUUCUUGUAUUUUACAGGUCUUUGCACAGGUGGUAGCAUCUCCAGAGCACACAAUAAGCCUUGAAGAUUAGUUGAGUGUGAUGGGAACAAGAUCAAAAGUGUUAUUUCAUUGCUAGUGAGAGUGACAAAACUGGCAUAAUAAUGAAGAAGUUUGUGUUUUUCUACAAUAUGCUUUUUGAGUGGUUGUAUAAAAAAAUGGUACACUGAGGGAAAAUGUGCUAUGUUGGCACAGACUUAGCCUUUCUGAAGUUAACCAAUCAUUACCUACCAAGAUAUACUGACACAAAGCAGUUGUGUUGGGCAUUAGGCUCAUUCGACUUGUAAAAUUUGGCUGUGAAAUGAGAAAGUCUUGGACUGGCAAGCGAUAGAAAGGCACUGAUGUUUAUUCUGCUACAAAUUGGAACUCCACAGAUUUAGAUUUUCACCCAAAUGAGACUAACUACACAGUUCACAUUUGUUCCAAAAGGCUGACAGUCCCUCAAGAACACUGUGUGAAUUCACAUUUUGACACUGUGAGACCCACUUCUCCUUUAUUAGCAGCAAACACAAGGUCUCUUUUUAAAACCAGCUAAGAUCUUUUCUUGACGAAUCACUCUGAUCUAAAGAUGAGACAGAAGAAACAAGUUGUGAAAGUAAAAGACUUGUUUGUUGAGUCAUGUUCAAAUUGAUAUGUAGACCUUGAUUAAAUGCAGCAAAGACAUGAGGUUCAGGUUGCUUGUUGCCAUUCUAAGGUGACAAAUGUAUGAAUUCAACCUUUGAACAUACCUGCUACACAAAAUCUGAGCAACACUUGUGUUCUGUGAUUCUUGUUAAGGCUUAUAAUUGUGCAAUAUGCUAUGUAAAAGUCAUUGUGAUUAUUUUAUUUAUAAUUAUUGAUAGAUUUUAUUUUUACCCAAAAUUGUUUAGAGAACAUUUAUAUAAGCAA